AUCAUGGUGAACAAUGACUAUUUGUGUCUCCUGAAAUAGAAUUAAAAAAGAUAAUUGCUUCUCUGUCAAGCAGAGAUAAAGUGUUGAGAAGAAGAGGACUUAAUUAGCAGGGAAUGGUACACCUACAUAAAUAAUGUGACCAUGGACGAUUCAGAAAAUUAUAUCGAGGAGGAUGAAAGGCUGCAUGAAGAAGUAUCACUCAGUCAGCUUCAGUUGCCCCCUCUGUUUUCGGGAGAGGAGUGCAGCCUAGUUGAGGAGGAAGUCAUCAUCAAAUACGAGACGCAAGCUCAGCUGCUUAAACAGGAACGGAUACAGGCCAUGGGGUUGUGGCAGACAGCAGCUCUGGAGCUUGACCAUCUCCAGAAGUGCUACCAGAACGAGCUCAUGCUCUCACACAAACACCGAGUGGCCAAUCAGGAACUACAUUCGACCAAUUGUAAUUUAUUGAAGACCGUGAGUCAGCAAAGUACAGAAAUGGAGGAGCUACAUGAUCAACUCAGAACAACCAAGGAUGAUCUGAGAACUGCCAAAGCCAAAGUGGAUGAAAUGACGCAACAGCUUCUGUUUGUUCAACAGCAGAUAAAGAAACAGGAGGGAGAUGUAAUCGAGGCUCAGAGUCGAGAGGAAGCUGCAAGAAGGCAAAUCCAACAGCUUCAGGCUGCCAUCAGCAAGCAAGAGCCCAGGGUAAACGCUGCAUUUCAGGAGGCAGAAAAUGCACAAAAAGAGCAAACCAUGUGGGAGAAAACAUCAGCCACCCUUCAGGCCCGGUGUGCUACUUUAGAAGAAGAGAAGUAUGAGGCUGUGGACAAAGUCAGAGAGUGUGUGCAGAUGGCUGAGGAGGCAACACUGCAAAGAGACGAGGCUCACUUAAGAGCUAAACAGUUGGUGGAGGAGCUUGAGAAGACAAGGAGGACUUUCCAACAAGUGAUCCAAGAUGCUGCUCUCUGCUCUCAGAAAGAGGUGACUCAAAUACGUGAGCUGUGCAACACUGAAAUGCAAAGAAUGGCUGAGGAGUUGUCUAUGUUGCAACUGGAAUCUGCCGACAAACAGUCUCAGAUAGAAAGGUUCAAGCGAGAAAGAAGAGCUUUAGAAGAGGAACUGCAAAAGGUGACCAAACGCAGGGAAGAGCAGGAGUUAGGACAACUCAAUGCUCUUCAUCAGAGGUUUUUAAAUGCAGAGAGGAUGAAGGAAGAAAUGAACAUCACUUUGCAAAGCACCCAAAGCAAACUCAAAAAGAUAGAAACUGAAUACAAUGAGGAAUUGUCCCGCAGCCAGGAGGAACUGCAGCGGCUGCAAGGUUGUUUGGCUGCAGCCCAAAAGGACUGUGUCAAAAUCAGCGAGGAACGCCUCCAGUUACAGCAGGAGAACUUGCAGGCCCGCAGAGAGAUGGACGAGCUGCAGAAAACUCAUGUGCUGAUCCAAACAAAGACCAAACAACAGAUGACACAGAUGGAUCAGGAUUACAGCACAAAGGAGAAGUCUCUUGAAGCACAGAUGAGCGACUUGGAAAACAGCAGUCAUGAAUCAAUUGCUGAACUAACACACCUUCUCACAGCACAGCAGAAAAGUAUUCAGUGCUGGAAAGUGGAGGCACUACACAUGGUGCAGGCCUUUGAAGCUAAGAUUAAACAUCUUAUGGAGCAGCUGAACCUACAGCAUCAAUGUUCACAUGAACUGAAGAUACAGCUGAAAAACAACAACAUUACUAUUGCUGAGUAUGAGACACAGCUAGCAGAAUUUCAAGAGAAGGCCAGUCGCCUCCAGAGGAGACUAACCAAGGUUGAGCAACGUGCUUCUAUAUCUUCACAGCAGCUUUCCAUUUUGGCAUCUCAGAAGGAGAAAAAAAGUCUUGACAGCGCUAAACAGUAA